ACCUGGUUCUCCUCCCGGCAUCCUAACUCUCUUUCCCCUCCGUUGCAGAUCUGGGCUAGUGACUUCCUGCCCAACGAAGCCUCCCUGGAGGACCAAUCCCAACGGAAGUACCACCGAGACAAAUCCGUCCCCAUGUUGCUGGACUAUGCCCGGCUGGAGGCCGAGCGGAAGGAACGGGUCGUGGUGGAAAAUGCGGACUGGCUAGUGGUGGUGCCCUACUGGGCAGUGUGGCCCUUCCAGACCCUCUUGCUUCCUCGGAGACACGUCUGCCGGCUGGAGGAGCUCCGGGAGAGCGAGAGAGACAGUAAGGGGGUCCCGUUUGGGGAUGAUGGAGAGAGGAGGGCCUUGGGA